AUGUCGGACAGCCCCUGGGUGUGCAGCUGGAGGCCCCACUGCCCUCGGGGCCCCAUCACCGCCCUCUACAUCAGCCCCGGGCCCAAGUACGGGCUCCCCUCAAGCAUCAGUUUCCUUGCGCACGCCCCGUGCCGGCCCCGCGCUCCCGGAGCGGCCGCAGCAGCAGGGCCCGGGCCCCGUGUACCUGGUGCCUUGGGGCAGCACCGCCCGCGGCAGCUCCCGGAGCCCCCGUCCUCCAUCUGCGGCCGGCCCCGGGACCCGCUGCCCUUCAGCACCCCCGGCCCAGGCCGGUACUUGGUGCAGCCCCACGGCCCCCGCCUGCUCCCUGAGCCCCCGCACCCGGCACGGGGCCGUGCAGCAGACACCAGCACCGUCGGCACCUUCUAUGAGGACCUGUGCAAGAAUCCAGGCCCAGGCCGGUACCACACGGUGGACACGGACGUGUACAAGCACCGGGCACCGCGGUUCUCCAUGGUGGUGCGGAACAUGCCGCCGGGGGACACCACCACCAAACCGGGCCCCGCCGCGUACAGCCCCCGGCAGAGCCGGCCCCAGGGAGUGACCUUUGACAUCCGCCACUCCGAGUACCUGACACCGCUCAUCGUGGACGUGCCUGACUAG